GUCCACGAACUGGCAUCUCUGAGCACAUGGCACAUGCAAAUCUGCAAACCACAAACAACGAACAAAAUAUAUAAAUUUUUAGAUUAAAUCAAGGGUUAAAAAGAGAGAUUUAAUUUUUGUUAAAAUGGUUCGAAAGAAAAUCGACAACCGCAUACGAGUUUUGAUAGAAAAUGGUGUUACUAUGGGACACAGGACAAUGUUCGUUAUUGUCGGCGAAAAAGCGAGAGAUCAAGUAGUGUUGUUACAUCAUAUGUUGUCGAAGACUGUUGUAAAAGCUAGACCUUCUGUUCUGUGGUGUUACAAAAAGGAUUUAGGAUUCAGCAGCCACAGGAAGAAACGAAUGAAAUCCUUACAGAAGAAAGUCAAAUCUGGUAAAUUAGAUGUUAAGGAGGAUGAUCCAUUCGAAUUGUUUGUUGUUUCUACCAAUAUCCGGUAUUGUUAUUAUAACGAAACACAUAAAAUAUUGGGUAACACAUAUGGCAUGUGUAUAUUACAAGAUUUUGAGGCAAUUACACCAAAUUUACUGGCACGUACUGUUGAAACAGUAGAAGGUGGUGGCCUUAUUGUAUUUUUAUUGCAAUCUAUUAACUCUUUGAAGCAAUUAUUUACAAUAAAUAUGGACGUUCAUCAGAGGUUUCGUACGGAAGCUCAUAAAGACAUAGUGUGUCGAUUUAAUGAAAGGUUUUUAUUGUCUUUGGCCUCAUGUACUCGAUGUUUGGUUGUUGAUGAUCAGCUGAAUGUGUUGCCUUUAUCCUCUCAUAAUUUAACAAUAGAACCUGUACAUAAAUCAACUGUUGCGGAGGAACAGUCCGAUUUAGAUAGUUUAAAGGAAAGCAUGCAAGAUACUAAACCUGUAUCUGCAUUAAUUAAUUGUUGCAAAACCAUUGAUCAGGCAAAAGCAGUUCUUAAAUUUAUCGAGUGUAUCUCUGAGAAAACUUUGAGAUCUACUGUAUCGCUUACUGCUGCCAGAGGACGUGGAAAAUCUGCAGCAUUAGGACUUGCCAUUGCUGGAGCUGUUUCUUUUGGAUAUUCUAACAUAUACAUCUCAAGUCCUAGCCCGGAAAACUUAAACACUCUAUUUGAAUUUGUCUUCAAAGGAUUUGACGCGCUAGGAUAUCAGGAACAUCUCGAUUAUGGUUUGGUGCAAUCUACAAAUCCAGAAUUCAAUAAAGCUACUGUACGUGUAAAUGUGUUUCGAGAUCAUCGUCAAACGAUUCAAUACAUACAUCCUACAGACACUCAUAAACUAAAUCAAGCAGAGCUGCUUGUGAUUGAUGAGGCAGCGGCAAUUCCUUUACCUUAUGUUAAAGCAAUGCUUGGACCUUAUCUGAUAUUUCUUGCGUCAACCAUAAACGGAUACGAAGGUACAGGUCGAUCAUUGUCGCUUAAGUUACUGCAGCAACUGCGAGCACAAACCGCUGGGUCAAAUAGUAACAGUGAAAAAAACGAGAAAGAACGAAAAACCGAAAAAACUCUUAUCGGCAGACAAUUGUACGAACUGACUCUCGAUGAAUCGAUACGUUACAAGCCUGGUGAUUCUGUAGAACAAUGGCUGUGCGAUUUACUUUGUCUAAACGUUACAGUCCAAAUGUCUCUUUCUGGAUGUCCUCCUCCUGAUACUUGCCAAUUAUAUUACAUAAACAGAGAUACAUUGUUCUCUUAUCACAAGGCUUCCGAGAUGUUCUUACAGAGACUGGUAUCGCUGUAUGUUGCAUCGCAUUACAAAAAUACUCCCAACGAUUUGCAAAUGAUGUCUGAUGCACCCGCGCAUCAUUUGUUUUGUCUAUUGGGACCUGUAGAUCCUAAUAAAAAGACUUUGCCUGAAAUAUUGGUUGUUCUUCAAAUCUGCUUAGAAGGUGAAAUUAGCAAGAAUAGUAUAACUGAAAAUCUGUCGCGAGGUCGUAGAGCAGCCGGCGAUCUAAUACCAUGGACAAUUGCGCAACAAUAUCAAGACGAAGAUUUUCCUUUAUUGGCUGGUGCACGUAUUGUUCGGAUCGCCACGCAUCCUGAUUAUCACGGAAUGGGAUAUGGUAGUCGCGCGUUGCAACUGUUGAAGCAGUAUUACGAAAUGAAAAUACCUAAUCUCAAUGAAGGUGAUGCGCAAGAACCAGUGACGGAAAUAACAAAUGUUCCCGAUGAAGCAGUUAGUUUAUUAGAAGAAACUAUCGAACCUCGCAGUUCGUUACCACCACUUCUCCUGAAAUUGAACGAAAGGCUUCCAGAACAUUUGGAUUACAUCGGUGUAUCUUUCGGAAUUACCGAGCAAUUGUUGAAGUUUUGGAAGCGAGCCAAUUUUGUACCUGUAUAUUUGAGGCAGACAUCAAAUGAUAUCACAGGUGAACAUUCUUGUAUAAUGCUUUGCAAACUUAAUGCGGAACAAGAUAACAAUAAGUGGCUGCAGGCUUAUUGGAGUGAUUUCCGUCGACGAUUUAUAAAUUUACUCUCUUAUUCGUUUAAUACGUACCCGGUGUCGCUUGCGUUAAGUAUAUUAGUCAACAAAACAAUAUCUUUAAAACCUAUAAUACUGAGUAAAGAAACAUUAGAUGUUUAUUUUACGUCGUACGAUCUAAAGCGUUUACAGAUGUACAGUAAUAACAUGGCGGAUUAUCAUUUAAUUAUGGACUUAUUGCCAUCUUUAGCGCGUCUGUACUUCCUAAAUAUGAUGGCAGACACUCAUUUCUCAGCAGCACAGUUGGCGAUUCUACUUGGUUUGGGAUUGCAACAUAAAACCGUUGAUAAAUUAUCGGAAGAAUUGAAUCUACCAUCCUCACAGUUACUUGCUUUAUUUAAUCGUAUAAUACGCAAAUCAGUUCAAUAUUUCAACGGUGUCGCGGAGCAAUACGUUGAGAGUACUAUAUUGACGAAAGGAUCCGUCAACGAAGAAGUGAAAGUAAAUCCUUUAGGUGGACAAAGUCUACAGGAAGAAUUAGAAAGCGCAGCUAAGGAAUUGAAAGUAAAACAAAAAGCGGAAUUGGAAAAAUUAAAAAAGGAAAAUUUAGAGCAGUAUGUUAUCAAAGGAUCGGAAGCCGAAUGGACAACUGUGCUAUCUGGCAAACACAGCAAGAGCCUUAUUUCUGUAAAGACUGGCGAAAAGAGAUCACUGGGAAAUGAGAGCAUAGAGGAAGAAAAAAAACAAACAAAAAAGAAGAAACGGCAUUCUUCGAAAUUAUAAAUGACGUAUUUUUUACAUAAUUACAUGUAGAUUUUGAAAUGUAACGACUUACAUACAGUUUAUGUAUAAUAUCUGAGUAAAAUAAAAACACAACAGU